CCGAGCGUGCGCCCGGGAGCGCACCAUCCUCCUCGCCGCCACAUCUCGCAUCGCCACCUCCCGAGUCCAAGUGAAGAGGUUGUGAUGGGAUUAUCAUCUCACUUCUAUUGUGCGGGUCCACAACUCGGGAGAGGCGCGCGCGACCCCUGCGUCCACCUCAACCGUCUGUGCAGAUAUUGAAGUUUGUCAUUACCGUCAGCGUUUCAUCUCGAUCCGCGAUGGAGUGACACUUGAGGGACUAUGAUGGACGCACUGACUUCGGAGCUCGUGUCCAGAAGUGCUCCGGUUUGCAUGACGCGCGGUGUCGAGUGAGCCCCCGGGACGGUCAUCACUCAUUUGUGUUCAUGUGGCAGGACAAUUCUGAUCGUCCAAACAGAGCAAUGGUGAUGUGCGCAGCGAGCCUACCGAGACUGACGUGCGAACUCGCCACUUUGCGUCUCGUGCGAGAGCGCGUCUUAAAACGCGUCAUUCUUCAUUCGUGUUCAUUCCGCUGAACUUGUUGAUGAGCGCCGGGACCUUGGAGAGCAUGUGCGCCAGGGGACUUUCAACGCUUUUCCAGACCACCACACAGGACGAACACAAUGAGUGACAGCCAGAGAAGCUGAGGAGACCUGUCACACGUUGUCUUAUCAACACGUCAAAGGGCUAUCUGCCUCUCGCCUCUCCCUCCUCCAUCAGCCUCCCUCAAGCUUGUCCUCUCCUCAAUGGACUGCGAGCCCUAAAGAGACACAAAGAGUAAAAAGAAAAGAAGACGCCUUUAAGAAGACAUGUCUCCCCAUUCCCGUUGAGCGAGUUUCUCUCAGUGGAAGCGGCAGUAGGAGAGGGGAUCCUCGCUUAAAAGUCUUUCUAAGGAGAAAGGGCCUUAGAGAGGACCAGUCAUGCGUCUCUAUUUGGCAUUGGCGCUUCAGGCGUUGUGGACUGGCGUUUGCCAAGCUGCCAUGCAGCACUACCCUGCGGCUUGGGGCCACUACGACGUGUGCAAAUCCCAGAUCUACUCAGACGAAGGACUAACCUGGGACUACAUGGCCUGCCAGCCGGAGACGGCAGACAUGACCCAGUACCUGAAGGUCAUGCUUGAUCCACCCAACAUCACCUGUGGAAAUCCUCCUGAGACAUACUGCGCACUGGAAAAUCCCUACAUGUGUAAUAAUGAAUGUGACGCCAGCACUGAGGAGCUCGCCCACCCUCCAGAACUCAUGUUUGACAUCGAGGGACGCAACCCCACGACGUUCUGGCAGUCCACGUCCUGGAAAAGGUAUCCAAAGGCCCUCCUGGUCAACAUCACGCUCUCUUGGAACAAGACCAUCGAGCUGACAGAUGACAUCGUCCUCACGUUUGAGUCAGGCCGACCAGAACAAAUGGUACUGGAAAAGUCGCUGGACUAUGGACGUAGCUGGCAGCCCUAUCAGUUCUAUGCCACUGACUGUCUGGAUGCCUUCACCAUGGAGCCCAAGACGGUGCAGGAUCUGACCCAGCAUACUCUGCUGGACAUCAUCUGCACUGAGGACUACUCUCGAGGUUAUGUGUGGAAGUAUGACAAAACAGUUCGCUUUGAGAUCAAGGACCGCUUUGCGCUGUUCGCCGGUCCGCGACUCCACAACAUGGCGUCACUUUAUGGCCAACUGGACACCACCAAGAACCUGCGAGACUUUUUCACCAUCACAGCCCUGAGAAUCCGUCUGCUGCGACCUGCCACUGGAGCCACAAUGGUGGACGAGAACAACCUGUCCAGAUACUUCUACGCCAUUUCUGACAUUAAAGUCCAGGGCAGGUGCAAGUGCAACCUUCACGCCAACAGCUGCGUGUUUGACAAAGAGAAGCUGAGCUGCGAGUGUGAGCACAACACCACCGGGCCCGAUUGUGGUCGCUGUAAGAGGAACUACCAAGGCAGAGCGUGGAGUGCCGGCUCCUACUUGCCCAUCCCGAAAGGCACUGCGAAUAUAUGUAUUCCUAAUAACAUUGGUCCUGUUAUUCGGCCGAAUGUCUCGUCCCUAGGUGUCGCUAACCGAAAAGAAGUAGCUCCACAAGUUGCAUUGUCCACUGCCCCUUCAGUCCACGUUGCAAACCGCAAACGAGACUGCGAAUGCUUCGGCCACUCCAACCGUUGCAGCUACAUCGAGCUGCUAAACACGGUCAUUUGCGUGAGCUGUAAGCACAACACUAGGGGGCAGCACUGCCAGCUAUGCAAGCUGGGCUUCUAUCGCAAUGCUUCGGCAGAACUGGAUGAUGAAAAUGUUUGCAUAGAGUGUAAUUGUAAUCCCUUUGGCUCAGUCAGUGAUCGCUGUAAUGGCACAGGAUAUUGUAUAUGUAAGGAGGGCACUACAGGGCCUAAGUGUCGCGAGUGUCUGCCUGGCUAUAUGUGGGACGAUGGCUGCAAAUCUCGGGUAUGUGACAACGAGCUCAUGCGCUGCCAAAACGGCGGCGUGUGCAUCAGCAACGUCCGCUGCAACUGCCCCUCGGCCUACACAGGCCUGCUGUGCGAGAAGCCGCUCUGCGAGUCGGAGCUGGGGGGUUGUCGAGGUGCCAGUUCGGGCCAACGCCCCCUGAGGCCCGCAUCCUCCUUCGGGCUACUGCUACUUCUGGGCUUGGCACUUCUCUAAAGAGACCGAUCUGGUGGGGGCAGUUUAACCCCACAACCCCCACCCCUGCCCCUCCCCUCCCCCCGCACACACAAACAGCCUUCACCUCACCGACCGACCCAUCCCUCUUUCGAAUAACCCACGACCAUUCAAGCAGAACAAUCGUGAGCUUUGUGGACUGUACUACACCAGCUUCUUCUUUGAGCAGCCUCAGCGGACACUGAUGUGAAAAGGAAUGUGCCAGAUCAGUGAGUGCAAAAUCUUUUUGUUCAUUCAAUAUCAAAGAAUAUAUACACAAAAAAAAAUGUAAAUGUAUACUUGUAAAAAAUGCAAAAUAAUCUUGAAAUUGAACGUAAAAGAGUGCAAUGAACAAUGAGACCCCCCGCUCCCCCCCUCCCCCCCACACCCGCCCCACCCAACCGCUCCGGCUCAUCCUUCCUCUAAGCCAUACAGGUGCUUAAAGCUCCCCACCGGUCGGAGCGAAUAACUGAAGAGGACUUCCUCUGUUAUCGCCACGGCAACAACGGCGGCAACCAAUUGACUCGCACGAGCCGACCGCGGCUGCCGAGACCCCUUUGGGACGUUCCUGUAAGCUUAAGGCUGGCCGGACCGUUGAGGAAGACAAAACAAAGAAAUAUUUCCCUCAGCUUCUUCAAUAUAAUGUCCGUCGGGGAGGACAAACGCAGAACGUGUUCUUCGCCGGUGCAUUGUGGAUGGAAAGAAAUAUGCGCAGACUGCGACGUUGCGGCGCGCAAACUUUCCACCAGUUUCUCUGCCUUCAAGCUCAUGCUCCUCUUCCUUCCCUUCGCCGUGCUGCCACUGACCUGUGCUUUUGUGAAUCUUCCUCGUCGGUUGAAGGAUUCUUUUUUUUUCUUUCUUUUUCUUUUUUUUGUCAAAUGUUGGUGAUGCACAUGUGUAAGAAUCCUCUCCGUUUUUCUCUCUCUCGGCUCUCCCAUCAUCUUUCCUCCUCCAAUAAGCGCCACUAAAGCUGUCUGAUUCUUUUCUAUUAGACUCUCUGCUCUCUCGACCCGGUCAGAGGAUAGUUUUCCACACGACAGGUGGAUAGAAAAUCAUCGAUGUAUUUACAGGUUCACAUCUAAACUGAGAAAACAAAACAAGUAAUGUAGUACUUUUGUAUCUUUGCUGAACUGUGACAAAAAAAAAAAGGCAAAUUUAAUGUAUGUAUAUGACACCCAAAAUGCAGGCUUUUUUUUUUUCUUUUUCUACCCCAUUCAUCUUUAUUUCAUGCUUUUAGUUGUACGGGUCAUUUUCCUUUUUGUUGGCAAUGUGCUGGCGUCAAAGAAUAUCAGUUUACAUCCAGUAUUAAAAAAAAGUGUAUUUCAAUCUCACCAAAGGACAUUCUAAAUGUCAUGUUCUCGCGUUAACGCUUGAGGAUUUAAGUGAAUAAAAGCUUCAAAGUGA